AUCGGCAACCUCAGGACCGCAGCAAUGGUCAGCGUUGAAGGGAUCGUUGAGUCCUACUGCAUCCCGCAUUUCGAUUCUCCGAGCGUAUUCGCCAGGAUGCUCGAUUCUAAGAAGGGCGGGCACUUCUCUGUCCACCCUACCAUCAAGACGAACCCUAGGCAGGGCUACGUUCCCAGCACAAAUGUACUCUGCAGAUUUCUUAGUGACCAAGGGGUAGCAAAUGUUAUUGACUUCCUUCCUCUCCAGGCUCAUUUCUCGCCAAAUAAGCCUCUCUUACAUUGGUUUAUCCGCCGGGUUGAAGUUACACGCGGGAGAGUGCCCUUGAGACUCGAAGUUGCCCCUGCUUUCAAUUAUGCAAGGGAUCCACAUCAGACGUCGAUUGUGCAUGACGACUCAUCCACCAACCAACAGAACAAAGCUAUCUUUAUAUCCGAGAACAUGACCCUUGACUUACGGUUUGUCGCUGAGGGUGGAGCCGAUUCUGGAGCUGAUCAGUUCCCGCCGAGUAUCGACUUUGGAUUCUUGGAUUUGCGUCACCAAGGACACCUAGGCCUUUCUGUUUAUGCCGAGUUCGAGCUAGCGGAGGGACAAGCUGUCACCUUUAUCCUCCGCACUCCCCCUACGAAAUCAAACCGUUCACCUCAACUUACUGAAGAUCAGGCGGUUCAGGCGGGGAUUCCAUAUGAUAUUCUCCUGCGUGGAGCGGCAAAGAUGCGACCAAGAGACGAUCCCCUGAUUAACAAGGAACUUAUGGCAAUCCUUCUGAAAGAGACUAAAGCAUAUUGGCGCGGCUGGAUCGGCAAAUCAACGUAUAAAGGAUCGUGGCGCGAAGCGGUCCACCGUAGUGCGCUCGCCUUGAAGCUGCUGAUCUUUGAGCCAACAGGGGCAAUCGUUGCAAGCCCAACUUUCUCUUUGCCAGAGUAUAUUGGAGGAACAAGGAAUUGCACGUCUAGGUUCUCUUGGAUCCGAGAUUCGUCCUUCACUCUUUACGCACUCAUCCGUCUCGGUUUCACCGAGGAGGCUAGCGCAUUCACCGAGUUUAUUUUUGAUCGCUUGCAACAUAAAAAUGAUGACGGGUCGCUACAAAUCAUUCAAUUACACGUAACAGGUGGUAAGGAUCUCGAAGAAAUCGAGCUAACGCAUUUAGAUGGCCACAAAGGCUCCAAGCCAGUUCGUAUUGGUAAUGGUGCUGCCGACCAUGUCCAACUGGAUAUCUACGGAGAAUUAAUGGACUGCAUAUAUCUCGGACAGAAGUUUGGGAAACCUCUAGGAUACGAUCGCUGGGUGCAAGUGCGAGAUCUGUGCGUUCAUUCAGUCGUGCAUCAUGAAUUCCUUUUCACUCACGCCAAGAUAACUCUCAUCAGAACCCAUUGUCGUUCCCAUCUGCAGUAUUCCAAGGUCAUGUUGUGGGUUGCGAUUGAUCGUGGCAUUCGUUUGGCCGAGAAACGUUCCCUCCCGUGUCCAAAUCGGGAUGUAUGGUAUAAGACGCGAGACUCGCUGUACGAAGAGAUUAUGCAAAGAGCUUGGAAUUCCGAAAAGGGAUUCUUCUCCCAAUCUUAUGAGGAUCGAGACGUUCUCGAUAGUGCUAUGCUCGUGAUGCCCCUAGUAUUCUUUUGUAGCGCCAGCGAGCCCCGCUUCUUGUCGACCCUUCAAGCAAUCAUGAGAAGCCCAGAAAGGGGAGGACUUUCUGCUAACAACCUCGUAUACCGAUAUGAUGCUACUGCGGUUGACGAUGGAGUGGGCGGCGAAGAGGGUGCGUUCUCUUUAUGCACUCUGUGGGCCGUCGAAGCACUCUCCAGGGCGGGAGAUUUAGAUAAGGCGGUAGAGAUAUUUGAGAGUUUUAUAGACUAUGGGAAUCAUGUCGGCUUAUUUACGGAGGAGAUUUCGCCUGCAGGAGAAGGUCUCGGGAACGCGGUGCAAGGGUUUACCCACGUUACACUCAUUAGUGCGGCGUAUAAUUUGUCUCGCACUUUGGGCCAUUUAGGGUGA